UAUUUGAAUAGCGUAGAAAUGACGCUAGAUCGGUUCUUUUUGAAAUGAAAUAAGUGUUUGUUUAUUAUUCACGUAAGGUUAUAAAAGCAAUUGCUUGUUGCAGGUGGUAAUCUAGGUCACUUUAUCGCCAGUGUCACUCUUUGUAAUUUAUAUUAUUAUUAACUAAUUAACUCUGUAUUUACAGUAUUUUUUCUCUUACUGUAAUAUGUGUUUCUGCACACAAAAAAAUAAUAAUAAUUAAAGUUUAAGCUCUCUUUACAGUUUACUUGCUACACUACAUAGUAUCACUACUACUCCUAAUAGUAAUAUUGGCUUAUAACUUUCUGUUGGGGCUGGGGAAGGGCUUCCAAAUUAUGCCCACACAGGAUGAGAACAGAAGGAGUUAUUGCAUUUUGAAGUCAGACAAAGGGUCCAAGUGCAGUAUUCCAUAAUACAUGGAUUAGCCCCAUCUCUGACUAUUCCAAGUACGAUGCAUAAGGAAGAGAACCCUCUAUUCAUACAAAUCUAUGAAAGCAUCUAUGUCACACCUUGAGAUUGGCUUUUCCCACCUUAGGAAGAGAUCACAAACACAGGACCAAACUGAAGAAACAAUAGACAAAAUCCAAGCUUUGAAGAAGACUGACUAUUCAGCUAAUGCCAAAUGGAGAAAAAGUCUCAAACUUGCUAAUGACUAUUGUAUAUUUUGGGCUACAUCUUCAAAACCACACCAUUACAAAACUACUACUGAUUUUUUGGGAAAUAGUACCCAAAUCAACCCUUGAUGGAAAAUUGCUACAGGAAAUGAUUCUUUCAUGUGAUGCAAAUAGCAAGGACCUUCAAUAUUGUAAUGGAUUCAUCAGAGGCUCAACACUAUGUAGUGGCAUUCCAUAUAUCAAGAGUGAGCCUCGUGUUACCUCAGUUCCUGUUUGCUCAGUUGGAGACAACCUUCAGUUAAUUACUGUGGAGCUUAUCUACAAUGUCUGUCAUGCCAACUCUGCUGAGACAUCCCGUUUUGUCAAAUGUACUUAUGACCUGUUGAAACCAAGCAUUGCAGCUCUAUGGUAUGAAGCAGCAGGGACUCUAAUCAUUCAUUCCAGAGCUCCAAGAGCUAUGGAGGAAUUGAUAAUGGACAUUCUUUUAAUACUUGCUGUUUCUGACUUAGAAGUUAGAUGUAAAACUCUAAAUUUAGCUCUACAGUCAGUGUCUUACAAGAAUGAUGAAGAGCAUUUUGUAGCAAAAUGUAUGCUGAUACUGACUUCAGUACUUCAUCUUGGAAAAUCUGGACUGUCAGAAAAGAAUGUUUUUGAGCUGAGUAUAUCCCAAGCUAUGGAUGUUGUGAAGAAGGAGCACCUUGUUGACCUGUCAUCUAAAGUGAGCAAAGUAACUCAGCUGACAGGAUUCUCUGAUCCUGUGAAUGCAGAAGGUUAUCUUCAUGUUAACCAAUACAAUAUUGUUCUAGAUGUUCUCAUACUUAAUCAAACUUAAGACAAACUUCAGAACUGUACAGAGCUAGCUACGUUAGAUCUCUCUUUCACUUGGAUCAGACCAGUUGCAUUGGUGUGAAUAAUCAGUGUGUGAACCCAAAGCAUGCUAAAUGUGAGUUUGAAACCUACUGUUAUAUUUUAGAUCUCUCUCUUUCACUUGGAUCAGUAUAUUAACUUAUCAUGAAAGGACCAUGUCACUACCAUCUUCAUAGGUCUCUAAGUUAGUGUUAUAUUGUUAUACAGUUUAUAUUGUAGAAAGCUUUCUCAAGUUACACAAAAAUAGAAUAUAGAAAGUAAUUUCAAUUAAGAAGGUAUAAGCUAAACAGCUAAGCUGUGACUAGCCAGCCAAUUGUUUAUUUAGUCAGUCAUCUUAAAAUUUCGAUUGAAUUCGUCAAAAAUUUAAUUACUUAAUUUAAGAGAAUAAAGCAAAAACCAGCUCAUGAAUAUCACAAAAUUUUGGCUAGACUAUAAAGCUUCACAAGGCCUGACAUGGCCAGGUGGUUAGGGCGCAUGACUCGCUAUCUGAUGGUAUGGGAUUUGAUUCCCUGCCCCACCAAACAUGCUGUGGGGACAUUAUAAUGUGAUAGUCAAUGGCACUAUUCAUUGGUA